AUGUUUAGUAAAUAUAGUGUACUUUUAUCUUCCGUCCUUGUGACUUUAGUCGCUGCAGCAUCUACAGUUGAUCUGGACGCCCUGCUUUUAGUACCAGGAGUCGAGUCACACAAUGGUGUUGAUACUUUGUUUUCAAAAAAAAACUUUCAUUGGAAGACAUUCGCUGAAUCCAUCGCUCCUGCUAUUGUAAACAGCUCCAUUAUCUUCCUUGAUGUAUCCAGUGGCGUGGCCGCAGGUAAUGUCAAGAGCAGAACAAUCAUGUACGAUUCAGAAGAAACAUACUACGACUGGGAACAGUACCAAGUUGUGACCAGCGGCGAUUGGGAAACCGAAUGGGCACCCGUCUCUGAAUGCAUUUGGAGAGAGGAGAAGGACCAGGGAGACGACGCACCAGACAGAAUUCCUGUCUCAGUGCCAUAUCAUUGGGUGUCGGAGUACUCGAUUGUCGACUAUGACACAGAGGCUAAUGUAGACAAUAUAGAUUUUAGACUGAUUAAAGCGGUACUUAAUAAGAGAAACUGGUUGGAAAGAAUCAACGAGACUGUUUCUCAAUCCAGUAUUAUGGUGGCACCAAUGAUAAAGUCAUCCGAUGUCCUACAGCUUUGGUAUUCAAAAAAAAUGGUUUGGGCAAACGCCCAGAGACAAUACUGUAGCGCUUGCCUGAGAGGACAUCAAUGUGGCGCUUGGUCCAGGUAUUAUCAUGUUGACGCUCCCACGUACGACGAACCUCUUGCGUUUUAUAUGAUCAAACUGACGGAAGACGAGCUUCAAUGUCCCAAUAAGAGAUAUGCAACCGCCGUAGAGCCCGUUCGCAUAAACAUUGAGGGGGAACCUAACUUCUUUAUUCCCUUACAUGAUGAGAACGAACCAGAAGAAAAAUCUAUCUGGAAUUCGUUGAAGAAAAUGCUCUCUAAAAGAAGCUAA